AUGCCUGCAAGACCGAAGCCCAGACCAACAUUGAAGCCGAAGCCCAAACCAACUCCAUCGAAGCCGAAACCAGAACCUACAGUUAGCAAGUCGGCGUCAAAGCACACUGCAACGCCAACUCAAGCCAAAAACAAAUGGCCAAUGAUACGGGUCCCAUACCAGACAACGGCAUUCGAUGUCUGUGGUCUCUUCGUGGAAUGUGGAGAAGAAAAUGAGGCACUCGCAGUUCGCGAUGUCAACGUAGAAGCCAUGGCUAUGAUAACAGAAGCCCCAAUGGCAACCCCAACAGCGUCACCAAGCGAUCCCAAUGGUCACGAGCACCAGAAUGAAAAGCGAGAUAUCCGCACGUAUCCAGUAACAUUUGCGAAAGGGAAUGUCUUCACCAUGACGAACCUCGAUUAUCCUUCUGCACCACAACUGUUUAACUCUCCAGCUGUAGACAGGAAUGUCUUCACUUACAAGUCAAAUAAAAUGGAAGAUGCAGCGGUGAAGAACAUCAAACGCAUACCCACUGCGCAGGAAAUGGUCGAUUAUGUUACCGAGCAUAUUGUUGAGCUACAAUCGAUUGCGUUGUUCAUAAAAGAUGUUACGAGCAAAGACAAGUCUCUUGUUACAUUUUUCAAGAACCGUUGGCACAAGGCAUUACCCGCAAACACAGUCACUUCGCGGCCGCACAAACCGCACUACUAUACGGAAGGAAUGACAACUCGGAAUUCCUUGAACGAUCUAAUUUUCGAAGCUCUAGGUUCCGAUAAUAAUCUCCACGACUUCGUCAUGUGCGAGGACUCCAUCAACAGCUUCAAAAUGCGUAUGUGGAAGGGCGAAGCCCCUAUGGCGCUGACGACAUACAACGACGCGGUAACAGCCGCUAUGAAGGGUCAACUACCAUCAUCAGCCUACAUGAGUGCACUUAGGGGAGUCGUGGCAGUCUAUCGCUACAUGUCCGAUCCUCAAGUCAAGUCCCGCAUGAAUGAGGCCAUUACAAAUGUCGAAAUCGAGCUUCAGAACGUUCAACAUCUUACGGGCACAAACCUACAGACCAAUCUCGCUAAAGCCUGGCGCACUUACAUGCGCGAUCGAGUUGCUGAUAUCGGAACAGACGGCAAGAAAUGGCUCCAAGCACGCAUCGAUCACACCAGGCCUCAGGUCGUUGCCACUUUAACAAAAUACCAAGGGAUGCUCAAGAAUCUGAAGCACAAAGAGACCACAGGUACACAGGCACAGAUCAAUCGCUACGCCGCACAGCAAAACCAGGAAAAAACCCGUCUGACUCGUGAGAUUGCCCAAGCACAAAGCGAUGUGACCCGCCAAGAAGGGCACAUCGUGACCGUCCGCGGCCAAGUCGCAGCGCUCACCGCGCAGAUCCGGCCGGCAACCGGCACGCGAGAAAAGCAGCUGAAGGCGGAUCGCCAACGAAAGCGCAACGAGCUGUUACGCGAGAAAACCAAGUUGGUGCGCUUGAAGAAAGCGCUCGGAAAGGUCACGCGGGAACGUGACGAGCUGUACAGCAACAGUGUCCAGCAGAUCGUCGACAAUUUGCAGAAAGACCAGAAGCUUUUGAACAUAUACGAGAGGGCAAUUGCAAGGUUGAGCAUGCCGGUCGUACAUUCUGGGAGUACGGAUGAUGUACCAGGAAAUCUCUUACAUGGACGUCCAUGA